AUGGAGAGUGGUUGGAAAGCUACAACUGAGAUAUCACCAAAUUGUCCAAGAUGUGGUUGUUCCAGCACAAAAUUCUGUUACUACAAUAACUACAGCUUAACUCAACCAAGAUACUUUUGCAAAGGAUGCAGACGAUAUUGGACAAAAGGUGGAUCCCUCAGAAACGUCCCUGUUGGUGGUGGCUGCAGAAAAAACAGAAGAGGUAACAACAAAACCUUAUCAGAUCCUAUUUUAAGGACUAAUAAUGUUUCAUCUUCUACUUCAUCCUCAUUGCUCACUGAAUAUACUAAACCCAAUAUUGAUCUUGCUUUAGUUUACGCAAAUUUCCUUAAUCAAAAGCCUGGUUCUCAAAAAAUCGGGUUCGACCCUUUAGAAAACUCGAGGAUAUUAUCGAAUGUUGAAGUUGGUUCAAGUAGUUUAAAUUUGUCGGAACUAGAACUUGGUUUCAAAGGGUGUUUGAAUCUUCAUGAUCAGUUACUAGUAUCGUCCACGUCCACAUCGGUAACACAUUUUGGUGAGUUCGAACUCGAUUCUAUGCAAACUCUUCCAAAAGAUAGAGUUCAUCAUGAUGAUGGUUGUGUGAAUUUUGAGCUACCACCUUUGCCAGGUGAAGAGGAUUCCUCAUCACAUGAUGAUCAUGUCAUGUGGUCCAAUGCUGAAAUGAUGAUGAACCUUCCAUUUCAAGUUACUCAACCUCCACCACCACCAUUUCUUGCUCCUGAUCAAAUUCAUCAUGCAGACUUGUUAUCUGGUAAUUGGAGCCCUUUUGAUUUUCCAAGAGAUGCUUCUUUUUCUAGGCCUUGUUAA